AGAUCAUUACCUGUAGAUGCAGCAUCGUGUGCCAUAUGUCGUGACAACCUACGACACGCAGUCGAACUGGUGGAGCAGGGUCGUGGCCAACAGUGGACAUUGGCUUCUCGACUCAAGACUCCAGUUGAAGAUCUCAAAUCGGGACAUCCACAUCUAGCCCAUAAAUUUUCAGAGCUGAGCAAGCGCGUUUCCAACGCCGCUCAGAGUUCUGCAACCAUCACUGACAGAAUUGCAGCUGAAGUAGCAGCAACAAAGUAUAGGAGAAUUACGCCUCAAUGGGAAGCUGCGGUAACUGAGAUACGCACUCUUCAAGGUUUUUCGCGGUUCCUGCUCCCACCUUCGUACAAAGACUUGCAAGUGGCAGCGCGCCAUGGUCCAGUUAUCAUCCUCAUUGCGAGCGGAUACUCAUGCAGCGCUAUAGUUGUCCCGACAUCAGGACAGCCCCAUCACGUUCACUUCCCGCGCAUCACUCUCCCACAUCUGGAGAAGCUCAAGGAAGAUUUCGCUACGGCAAUACGGCACGCGGCUCGUAUGCGCCCCGAUGAGCCGAGGAAGAAGUUGCGAGUGCUCUUGCGGAUAGUGUGGGACGAGAUCAUGCUACCCAUCGUCAACGUCCUCCGGCGUGACCUGAAAUUGCAGCAUCGGUCUCGAAUAUGGCUGUGUCCGACGGCAGCCUUCACGUCUAUCCCUCUCCAUGCAGCUAAUCCCUUCCGAAUGACCCCAGAUCGCUCUAGGAAAGGACCAUGCCUAGAGGAUCUCUACAUCUGCUCUUAUACGCCCACACUUUCAGCUCUGAUUAGAGCUCGGCAGGCGAUGAAGACGCGCGCGACUCCGUCCUUCGCAGCAAUUGGACAAUGCAGACCUGGCGCAGGGCAAGGCGACGUGCUCCCCGCUGUCGACGGCGAGCUUGAGCUUGUCCAUACACUUGUUCCUCCCAACGUCGAGUUCACUAAUAUUUCAAAAGAUGAAGCCACACAAGCAGGUGCACUCAACGCUUUGCGAUGCAACACCUGGAUGCACCUCGCUUGUCACGGAAAGCAAGACCUUGAGCAGCCUUAUAACUCAUGUUUUGCUAUGAGAGACAAACCCCUCACGCUGCUCGAUAUUAUGGAGAUAAACAUUCCGCAUGCUGAGUUCGCAUUCUUGUCGGCGUGUCAUACCGCCGUUGGCGAUGAGGAGACGCCCGACGAAGCCAUCCACCUUGCAGCUGGACUCCAGUUUUCCGGUUUCAAGAGCGUCAUCGGCAUGCUGUGGGGGGUCAGUGACAUUCUCGCAAAACACGUUGUUGAAGCCUUCUACGAGAAUAUGUUCAAGGAUUUGGAGGAUGGUUCCAGCGUCAUGGACUGCACGAAGGCGGCCUGGGCACUCAACCACGCUACACACGCCGUGACGACGAAAGUGCCGCUCGAGCAGAGGAUGGUUUUCAUUCAUAUUGGUGUGUAG